UCCAUACGAGCCUCGCCUCGCACCUGCCUGCUUGACUAAAACUAUGUUGACCAAACUACUUAUCUUCCUGUUGUAGUCAACCUUUGUUGGUUAUUAUUCACACUGUGUCAGGCGCUCAGUAGCGGGCCACACAUACUGCUAAGUUGGACGGGGUAGAAAAAGAAGCCAGCGCGACGGUGAAGGUAAAUCGUGUACAUUCUUACUAGCUGUUAAAUCAUGCCGUUAUUUGGGAAGAAAGCUAAAAAGGAUGUUAGUACUGAACCGCCGUCCUAUGCAAACGCGACGUCGGCUCAGGGUAAUCCACAACCAUACAACAGAGAUGCUAUGCAACCGCCGACGACAGCAGGUAACGAGAGAAGUAAAAAUGGCGUACCUGAACAAACUCACGCCAGGCCUCAGCCGCCUUCAUCGCCCAAGGCGCCUCCAAGACCGAAACUUUCCUUCCAAUGUCAACAAGCACACGGCAGCCCUGUCGGAAUCAUAUCGGGAUUUACCAAUGUUAAAGAACUCUACGCCAAAAUUGCCGAAUGCUAUGACUUCAAACCCUCAGAUAUCUUAUUUUGUACCUUGAAUUCCCACAAAGUCGAUAUGACCAAACUUCUCGGAGGCCAAAUAGGUCUGGAGGAUUUUAUAUUCGUUCACUUGAAAGGCCAGCCAAAAGAAAUAGAUAUUACCAAAACUGAAGACGCUCUUGGACUAACUAUCACAGACAACGGCAAUGGUUACGCAUUCAUCAAAAGAAUCAAAGAGAACAGCACUAUGGACAAAAUGCCUCAAGUAAAAGUAGGGGACCAUUUGGAAAAAAUAAAUAGUACGAGCUUGAUAGGUUGUCGACACUUUGAAGUUGCCAAAAUGUUGAAAGAAAUACCAAAAGGCACCACAUUUACUCUUCGAAUAGUGGAACCAUUAAAGUCUGGAUUCUCUGUUAUUGAUAUGCCAUAUUCCAAAAAGAAAAGUGGAAAGGUAGGAAGUGGUAAAAAGACCCUACGGUUUCGUGCUAAUGGACCUGCCGUAGUUGAAGCAGAGCCUGAUGACGUAUCCAGUGUGGCAGUAGACAAAAUUAACGGCCUGCUUGAAUCCUUCAUGGGUAUCAACGACACAGAACUUGCUCAAAACAUCUGGGAGAUUGGAAACAAACAAGAGAAUCCGCAUGACUUCGCCAUGGCCGUAGAUGCAUCGGACCUCGAAGCUUUUGGAUUUGCUGAUGAUUUCAUCUUUGAUCUCUGGGGAGCAAUUAACGAUGCUAAAACUGGAAGGCUUAAUAAACAAGGGUUUUCAGAAAAUUUCUAAUACGUGAAAGGAAAAGAAAACAUAUUUUAAACAAUAGAAACAAAUGAAAACGGUUUUUUUUUUGUUAAAAAAGAAAAAAGAUUCAAAUUUCAGGAAAAAUAAAAAAAAACCAGAAAUAUAGAGCACUUAGUAUACACCC